AGCAGGUAGGCGUGGUUCACCCAGUACCCGGAAGUAGUAGAGAAGUACCGGGGAGCGGAGGUGAAGAGCGCUUCUCGGGUUAUAAUUUUGUGUCAACCACUGUGAGUGAAACAGAAUAUUUAUGAGGUAUCCUAUCUGCUGGAAGAAUGACAGAUGACAAAGAUGUCCUUCGAGAUGUUUGGUUUGGGAGAAUACCGACUUGCUUUACAUUAUACCAGGAUGAACUAACGGAGCGAGAAGCUGAACCCUAUUAUUUGCUGUUACCCCGUAUAAGCUAUCUGACACUGGUAACGGACAAAGUAAAAAAGCAUUUCCAGAAGGUAAUGCGUACAGAAGAUAUUAGCGAAAUCUGGUUUGAAUAUGAAGGAAGUCCUCUGAAAUGGCAUUACCCAGUAGGUUUACUAUUUGACCUACAUGCGUCAAAUACUUCUCUACCUUGGAGCAUCAUUGUGCAUUUUAAGAAUUUUCCAGCAAAGGACCUUCUGCGAUGCCAGUCAAAAGAUGUAAUAGAAGCACAUUUUAUGUCGUCUGUGAAGGAAGCGGAUGCAUUAAAGCACAAGAGUCAAGUUAUCAAUGAAAUGCAAAAGAAAGACCACAAGCAGUUGUGGAUGGGUUUACAAAAUGAUAAAUUUGACCAAUUUUGGGCUAUAAAUCGGAAACUUAUGGAAUACCUCCCAGAAGAGGGUGGUUUUCGGUAUAUCCCAUUUCGAAUAUAUCAGGCAACCGGCGAGCGCCCUUAUGUCCAGAAAUUAUUUCGACCAAUAGCUUCAGAUGGAAAACCUCAUACACUUGGAGAUAUUGUAAAGGAGGUUUGUCCAGAAGCACACCCAACAGAAGAUGGUGAGAAGAAGUAUCAAGUGGUGAUUCAUGGCAUAGAACCAUUGAUGGAGACACCAUUACAGUGGCUCAGUGAGCAUCUCAGCUACCCGGACAACUUUCUACAUAUAAGUAUCAUUCCUCAACCCACAGACUGAACAUAUUGUGAUGCUCUAAGUGAAAGACAGUGAUUCUUGGGCUGCAUUUAAAAAGGAUGAUGACAAAGCCUAACUUUGUGUCUUGUUUGGAAGCUUUACGAUCCAAAGAACAAGAAGACUUGAUUGCCAUGGGAGUACGUCCCUUUCACUUUUCUGUCACCACAUGAGCCUGAGGGUACCCAGGAUGUCCUCUGAAAGCCACCUGCAAACACAUUCAUACCUGGAGAAUCAGUGACAAUAUGUGCCUCUCAGUUCCUAGUUUGCACUAGCAGAUGUGCGAAAAAAACAAAUUUCACUUUAUUUUUCCUUUCUUAAGACGGAAACUGAACAAUAAUUAAAAUGGAAGGGCAGGGGAGAAAAUAUCGGUUUAACUUUACAAAAUAUUAAACAUUGAAAAUGGCACAGCAGAGUGCCUCGAUGCUUCCACCAAUAUACUUUGUAACGCUGUUAAGUGAUAACUGGGUUUUUGUUUACAAUACACCGUCUCUUAUAUGGAAAGUUAAGCAAAGCAGCGAUGGACACUUUUAACUCAGUCUGACUAAUUGAAUUUGCCAUGCCACUAGAGAAAUUAAGUGUUAUUUUAGGCAGUCUAUUUGAGGGAUCAGCUUUGCAUAAAUGUCCUUAACAUAGGUUUUAUCUCGAAAGAAACAAUAGUAUAGUGACAGGAAAAUAUGACUGUUGACUGUCUACAUAUUUCUAAAAGAACAGGCCAUUCAUUGAAAGUAACCUUCCCAGAAGAUUAAUCUAAAGGAUUCGUGUCCAUCUGCAGACAAUACAUUUGAUCUCUGCAAUUAUGAGAACAUCUAUUUUUUAUAAUAACUUCCCUCAAUCUUUGGAAAUUUGGAAACUUUUCCCUUUGAAAGUUAUCUUGUACUUAAAUCAGCUAGUAAAACCUGCCUAAUUAAAUAA